AACUCUCAAAUACUACGAAUACAUAUUAUUUGAUGUGAUAAAGAAGUUUCAAGUUUGUCAACGCACUUUCUAUUUAUAUCAUGAUGGAAUUCUAAUCUUACCAACCCCUUCUUGCUAUCCCAAUUCCCAUCCCACCCACUAGCCCUCUACCUUUCAUCUACUUCCAUAUAAUAACCCCUUAACCAACUCCCAAAGACAGGGAAGGUGUUAGUAGUAAGCAAUUCACCUUCUCUUUUUCUCAUCCCUCAUUCUUCUCUUAGCUACCUCUCAUCAACACCUAAUUCUAUUACAACUAUCACAACCCUUUUACAAGAAAUUAAUUUUCUCCAUUUUCCCAAAUGGGUUCCCUACAAGAAACUACCCAUGAUGAGAUUUUGCCCAUUGUUGAACAAAAGGAGUACAUCUUCAAAUCAAAACUCCCCGAUAUUUAUAUUCCGAACCAUAUCCCACUUCAUACAUAUUGUUUCGAGAAUGUUCAUGAUCAUGGUUGUCGCCCUUGCAUCAUUGAUGGCCCUACAGGGCGAGAAUGGACAUAUGAUGAGGUGGAACAAACAUCAAAACGAGUUGGAGCUGGAUUUUAUCAUAAACUCGGGUUACAAAAAGGUCAGGUUAUUAUGCUGCUCCUCCAGAACUGCCCCGAGUUUGUAUUUUCCUUCCUCGGGGCAUCCUUCAUCGGAGCAAUAAGCACAACCGCAAACCCCUUUUGCACCCCAACAGAAAUCGAGAAACAGGCUCGAGCCAGUAAGGCUCGAGCCAUUCUCACCCAAUCUGCUUUCGCAGAAAAGGUAAAACCAUUUUGCGAACAAAAUAACAUACACUUAAUCAUUAUCGACCCUAGUACAUCUUCAAACCACACAUCUUACUGGAACCUACUCGAGGACAAAAACGACCUACCAAAAAUAGAAAUAGUCCCAAAUGAUGUGGUAGCCUUACCUUACUCCUCAGGGACAACAGGGCUCCCUAAGGGUGUUAUGCUUACGCACAAAAGUCUAGUAACAAGUGUUGCACAACAAGUUGAUGGAGAAAAUCCCAAUUUAUAUUUCAACAAUGAAGAUGUAAUACUCUGCGUUUUACCCUUAUUUCAUAUCUAUUCGCUGAACUCUGUGUUGUUAUGUGGUCUACGUGUUGGUGCGGCAAUACUUAUAAUGCCAAAAUUUGAGAUAAAUAUGUUAAUGGAAUUGGUACAAAAAUAUAAGGUGACAAUAGCACCUUUUGUACCUCCUAUUGUAUUGGCAAUUGCAAAGAACCCAGAUGUGGAUAAAUAUGACCUUUCUUCUGUGAGGGUUGUAUUGUCUGGAGCAGCCCCCAUGGGAAAGGAUCUUGAAGAUGCUGUUAGAGCUAAACUACCUAAUGCAAAACUUGGCCAGGGUUAUGGGAUGACGGAGGCAGGGCCAGUGCUAGCAAUGUGUUUGGCAUUUGCAAAGGAGCCUAUGGAGGUUAAGUCCGGUUCAUGUGGGACCGUCGUACGAAAUGCUGAAUUAAAAAUUGUUGAUCCUGAAACCGGGUUUUCCUUACCUAGAAAUAAACCGGGUGAGAUUUGCAUUCGUGGUUGUCAAAUUAUGAAAGGUUACUUGAAUGACCCGGAGGCAACAUUUAACACCAUAGACAAAGAAGGAUGGUUGCACACCGGCGAUAUCGGAUUUGUCGACGACGACGACGAGAUUUUUAUCGUUGAUCGGCUAAAAGAGUUGAUCAAAUACAAGGGCUUCCAAGUUGCUCCUGCUGAGCUUGAAGGCAUGCUUAUCAAUCAUCCUAGCAUUCAUGACGCUGCUGUUGUUGCAAUGCAAGAUGAGACAGCGGGUGAGGUGCCGGUUGCAUUUGUUGUAAGAUCAAAUGGGUCUCAAAUCACGGAGGAUGAUGUUAAGCAAUAUGUCUCUAAGCAGGUGGUAUUUUACAAGAGAAUAAACCGAGUUUUCUUUGUGGAUUCAAUCCCUAAACUUCCCUCGGGAAAAAUAUUGAGAAAAGAGCUAAGAGCAAGAUUAACUAAUGGCAUUAGCAAUAAAUAAAUAGGGUUUGAUGACUAAAUCAUUGUCUCCUUGCAAGAUCCUUAUGUGAAGAUGGUGGUAGUAUAUAUGAAUCAUGAUUUGUAUCAAAACCAAUUAACUUUUGGUUUUAACCUUCUUUAUUUCUUUCUUCCUUCUUUUUUUCUUUUGUGAAAUAAAAUUAAUUUAAUGCAUCUGAAAUUUUUAUUA